GCCUCGAUCAAAUGGAUGAUAGAAUUUUUUUUUUUUUUUUCUUCGUCCUUUUGGUGGCUCUUAUCUUUUUUUACAUAUCUAUUAUCACAACGUUUUAAAUCAAAGCAAUGCCUCAUCAACGUGAACAUUCAGUUGAAACGAUUCGCCGAAACAGUGAAGUCAUGGGGAAUCUUCGAAAAUUAAUGGUGGUCAAUCGUGGUGAAAUUGCUAUUCGUGUUUUCCGAACAGCUCAUGAACUCUCUAUGCGUACUGUGGCCAUUUUCUCUCAUGAAGACAGACUUUCGAUGCAUCGUUAUAAGGCUGAUGAAUCAUAUCAAAUUGGUCAACUUGGACAAUAUACUCCUGUGGCUGCUUAUUUGGCUCAAGAUGAAAUCGUAAAGAUCGCAAAAGAACGUGGUGUAUCUAUGAUCCAUCCUGGUUAUGGUUUCUUAUCUGAAAAUGCCGAAUUUGCUCGCAAAGUAGAAGCAGCUGGUAUCACUUUUAUUGGUCCUGCUCCUGAAGUCAUUGAUAGUCUUGGUGAUAAAACAAAAGCUCGACAAAUUGCUAUGGAUUGCAAGGUUCCUGUAGUACCUGGUACCCCUGGUCCUGUUAGUGAAUAUGCUGAAUGCAAGGCAUUUAUUGAAGAAUAUGGAUUCCCUAUUAUCAUCAAAGCUGCUAUGGGUGGUGGUGGACGUGGUAUGCGUGUGGUUCGUGAUGAAGCGUCCCUGGAGGAUUCUUUCCAUCGUGCAAAGUCUGAAGCAUUAUCUGCUUUUGGUGAUGGUACUGUGUUUAUCGAACGAUUCUUGGACAAGCCUCGUCAUAUUGAAGUACAACUUCUUGCUGAUCGUGCCGGAAAUGUUGUCCACUUGUUCGAACGUGAUUGUUCAGUUCAACGUCGACAUCAAAAGGUAGUAGAAAUUGCUCCUGCCAAGAACUUGGAUAAUAAUGUCCGUGAAGCUAUUCUCAAUGAUGCUGUCAAGAUUGCCAAAUCCGUCAAAUACAAAAAUGCUGGUACCGCUGAAUUCUUGGUCGAUAACCAAAACCGUCACUACUUUAUUGAAAUCAAUCCUCGUAUUCAAGUGGAACAUACUAUUACUGAAGAAAUCACUGGUAUCGAUAUUGUAGCUGCUCAAAUCCAAAUUGCUGCUGGUGCUUUAUUACCUCAACUUGGUUUGACUCAACAAAGAAUUCGUCAACGUGGCUUUGCUAUCCAAUGUCGUGUCACUACUGAAGAUCCCGAAUUGAAUUUCCAACCUGAUACUGGUAAGAUUGAAGUCUAUCGAUCAUCUGGUGGUAAUGGUGUACGUUUGGAUGGUGGUGCUGGUUAUGCUGGUGCAAUCAUCACUCCUCAUUAUGAUUCUUUGCUUGUCAAAUGUACUUGUUCUGGUUCUACCUAUGAAGUGGCUCGUCGCAAGAUUGUUCGUGCCUUGGUGGAAUUCCGUAUUCGUGGUGUAAAAACAAAUAUUCCUUUCUUGCAACGAUUGUUAACCCAUGACACCUUUAUGACUGGUAACUGUUGGACAACUUUUAUUGAUGAUACUCCUGAUCUCUUCCGUCUUGUUCAAUAUCAAAAUCGUGCUCAACGUCUUUUGGGUUAUCUUGGUAACAUUGUUGUCAAUGGUUCUCAAAUCAAGGGUCAAGUAGGUGAACCUUCUUACAAGCAUGAAAUUGAAGUCCCUGUUAUUCGUGGUCAUAAUGGUAACAAUGUUGAUGUCUCUGCUCCUCCUACCGAUGGCUGGCGUAAAAUCAUUGUUGAACAAGGUCCUGAAGCCUUUGCUAAAGCUGUACGUGCUUAUCCUGGUGUAUUGAUUAUGGAUACUACAUGGCGUGAUGCUCAUCAAAGUUUAUUGGCUACUCGUGUUCGUACUGUUGAUUUGUUACGAAUUGCUGCUGCUACUUCUCAUGCUCUUAGUAAUGCUUUCUCUCUUGAAUGUUGGGGUGGUGCUACUUUUGAUGUUGCUAUGCGAUUCUUAUAUGAAGAUCCUUGGGAUAGAUUGAUGGAAUUACGUAAGGCUGUGCCUAAUAUUCCUUUCCAAAUGCUUCUUCGUGGUGCCAAUGCUGUUGGAUAUACAUCUUACCCUGACAACGUGGUGUAUGAAUUCUGUGAUAAGGCGGUCAAGGCUGGUAUGGAUGUUUUCCGUAUUUUCGAUUCUCUUAACUAUGUUGAAAACAUGAAACUUGGUAUUGAUGCUGUCAAGAAGGCUGGUGGUGUUGUAGAAGCUACUGUAUGUUAUACUGGUGAUGUAUCCAAUCCUAACAAGAAGAAGUACGAUCUCAACUACUAUCUUAAUUUGACUCAAGAAUUAGUGGAUGAAGGUAUUCAUAUUCUCGGUAUCAAGGAUAUGGCUGGUUUAUUGAAACCUGAAGCUGCCAAGUUAUUGAUUGGUGCCAUUCGUGAAAAAUUCCCUGAUUUGCCAAUUCAUGUUCAUACUCAUGAUACUGCUGGUACUGGUGUUGCUUCUAUGAUGGCUGCUGCUGCUGCUGGAGCUGAUGUCAUUGAUGUUGCUAUUGAUUCCAUGUCUGGUAUGACUUCACAACCUGCUAUGGGUGCUUUAGUGGCUGGUUUGGAACAAACUAACUUGGGUACUGGUAUUCGUAUGGAAGAUAUUCAAGCUCUCAACUCUUAUUGGGAACAAUGCCGUAUGCUUUACUCAUGCUUUGAAGCCAAUGUCAAAUCUGCUGAUUCGGGUGUAUAUGAUCACGAAAUGCCUGGUGGUCAAUACACCAAUUUGAUGUUCCAAGCUCAACAACUUGGUCUCGGUACUCAAUGGAAACAAAUCAAAAAAGCAUAUGAAGAAGCAAAUGCUUUGUGUGGUAAUCUUGUCAAGGUGACUCCUUCUUCCAAGGUGGUGGGUGAUAUGGCUCAAUUUAUGGUAUCCAAUGGAUUAUCGGGUGAUGAACUGAUCGAACGUGCCAAGACAUUAUCUUUCCCUACUUCUGUUGUUGAAUUCUUCCAAGGUUAUUUGGGUCAACCUCAUGGUGGUUUCCCUGAACCACUACGAUCCAACAUUAUCCGUGAUCUUCCUCGUAUUGAUGGUCGUCCUGGUGCUUCACUUCCUCCUCUUGAUUUGGCCAAACUUAAGGAAGAAUUGACAGAAAAAUAUGGCAAGAAUAUUCGUGAUUAUGAUGUGAUCUCUGCUGCUCUUUAUCCCAAGGUAUUUGCUGAGUAUCGCGAUAUGGUGAGCCAAUAUGGUGAUUUGUCCAAGGUACCCACACGUUACUUCUUGUGCAAGCCUGAAAUUGGUGAAGAAUUCCAAGUGGAAAUUGAAGAAGGUAAGACAUUGAUCAUCAAGUUAUUGGCUGUGGGUCCCAUCAACAACACUGGUAAGCGUGAUGUGUACUUUGAACUCAACGGUGAAGCUCGUGUGGUGGGUAUUGUCGAUACCAAUGCUGCGGUGGAACAUGUCACUCGUGAAAAGGCCAACUCUAGCAAACCUGGUGAAGUUCCUGCUCCCAUGUCUGGUGUCGUUGUCGAAGUCCGUGCUAAAGCAGGUACUCAUAUCAAGGCCGGUGAUCCUGUUUGUGUUUUGAGUGCUAUGAAGAUGGAAACCAUUGUAUCUGCUCCUGUCGCUGGUUUGGUGGAAUAUGUUCCUAUUAUGGAAGGUGAUUCUUUAUCUUCUGGUGAUUUGGUGGCAAGAAUUGUCAAGGAAUCUGAUUAAAUCUUUUUUCCUUUAUAUAUAUAUAUAUUGUUUUCCUUUUUCCUUUCAUUUGUAUGUGCAUUUCGUUUAUUAUUAGUAUUCUUUUUUUUUUUUUUAUUUUCAUAUUUUUCUAUUUACU